GCCGUUCCCUUCUCCUCCGCUCCUCGACGAGCAUGGAGGGGACCUCUCUUGCCUACGGCGCGCGGGAGCCGGGGACCGCCGCGGCCCCCCCACGAUCCCGCCACCUUCCUCCUUCGCCACCGGUGCUGGAGGAGGGCCCGCCGCCCCUGCCCACGCUGGUCGAGGUGGGAACCUCCGGCUGCUCGGGCUCCCGGCCCCCCGAACUGGAGCCCGAGCGCAGCCUGGACGGCUCGAGCGGGAACUACGUCGACGAAGAAGAAGAGGAGGACGAGGAGCUGGAGGAAGAGGAGGACGAGGACGAAGAGGAAGAAGGGAGUCGCUUCCCGCUGGGGCUGGAGGGGAGCAGGUUGGACUCCGAGGACGAGGACGAGCGUAUGAUUCGCCUCUCUGAGUUGACCCCAUACAUCUUGUGUUCAAUCUGCAAAGGAUACUUAAUAGAUGCUACGACCAUUACAGAAUGUCUUCACACGUUUUGUAAAAGCUGCAUCGUAAGGCAUUUUUACUAUAGCAACAGAUGUCCAAAGUGCAACAUAGUAGUACAUCAGACACAGCCUCUUUAUAACAUCCGGUUGGAUCGACAGUUACAAGACAUAGUAUACAAAUUAGUGAUCAAUCUAGAAGAAAGAGAGAAAAAACAAAUGCAUGAUUUUUACAAAGAAAGAGGUCUAGAAGUACCAAAACCUGCUGUACCUCAACCAGUCCCUGUGAGCAGGGGGAGACCUAGGAAAGUUCUGGGGUCAGUAUUUCGUAUUCCACCAGAACUUGACAUGUCUUUAUUACUAGAGUUCAUUGGUGCUAAUGAAGGCACAGGACAUUUUAAGCCACUGGAAAAGAAGUUUGUUCGUGUUUCAGGAGAAGCAACUAUUGGGCACGUUGAAAAAUUUCUCAGAAGAAAAAUGGGUCUCAAUCCAGCUUGUCAGGUAGAUAUAAUAUGUGGUGAUCACCUUUUGGAACAGUAUCAAACACUGAAAGAAAUUCGCCGUGCUAUAGGUGAUGGAGCAAUGCAGGAUGGUUUACUUGUACUUCAUUAUGGCCUUGUGGUUUCUCCACUGACGAUAACAUGAAUAUUUCAGGGCUGUUAGAAGUAAAGAAGCAAAAGAGAGUCCUCAUCUCACCAAAGACUGUCAUUGUAUGUCUGGUUACCACCAAUUUAUGCAAUAUGUCUAACUUUCAGCUGUAAGCCACAUAGCAUUUAUAAGUAAAACUAGAAAUGAUGAUGUUCUUUUGUUUUGACCAGUGACAGUUUAAAAGGUAGUACAAGCCUCAGGGAAAAGAAAUCAUUUAGAAACACUGAAUUCUAAGAUUCUUUAUGAUUUCACACUGUCUUUGAUUUGCUUGUUCUUCUCUGAAGCAAAUCAGCUCCUGUUCUCUUCCUAGAGCCAUAUCUCUUUCUUGAAGGUAGGCAGUUGGGAUUCAGCUGUCAGGGAUGGGAUUUGAUAGACAGUCCUUUUGGAAAAGAGACAUAUACUUUUGAACUAAAGAUAAAAGUCAUGGCUUUAUUUUUUACAACCAUAGGGCAAACUUUCUGAUCGUUGUGAAGACCAAAAGUAUUAAGCUACGAUUUGCAUAUUUCUAGUAUUUUUUGAGCAUGUAUUUUUAUACCAGCAGUAAUACUAAAGAGAUCUUGUUUCCUCUGGAGGUGGUGAAUCAGUUCAUUCUACAUAGGCAGAAUGUCUUCCUAUAGGGCAGUCUUGUCCAGCACCAUGUGCCUCUAGUGUAGUUUGACUUCCCUAGCACAGCUUACAAGAGGUGCCUCUUGAUGUUUUUUAUUCCUAAAAUAGUUCAUUUUGCAAUCAUGCAUUAUAUUUGAGUGGCUAGUAUGUUUUUAGAGACCUCUUGGCCCUACUGCUCCUUGAAAGUAUGAUGAGAACUACUAAUUAGAUUUAGAAUUCUGCAAAUAACUUGUUAAUUCAAUGUUUCCUUAUUUUGUCAGAUAAACUUGUGUUUUCCCAUUGUUUCUUCACCAUAUUUAAAGGAUGUAGUGUUUAUGAACUCAUUCACUUGCAUGUUAGGCCUUAAAAUUUAAACAAUUCUUUUGCCAAUAAAGAUAGUUUGAAAUAACAAGCCUGUUUACCUAAAUUAAUACAUUACAAUGCUUCCUAAAAGUUUAAAAAUUAUUCUAUGGUCCAGAUUUUGAAACUUAUUUUGAAAGUUUGUAUGGCAAUAGUUACAAAAUUGGGUAAGUCAAGGAGAAUGCUUUGUAAACAGUUUGUGAAUUGUGUAAAUGAUUACAUAUUGUAACA